GUUUAGAACAAUCGCUUCGAUUAGUGUGUUUAGCCAACCUUGUGUUGUACCUGUUAGUAGUGUUCCCUCGUGUCUGUUCGAGACGUCGUUUUUCCCUAGAUUUACCCCCAUUUUGACACCGUACUCGGAUGAUAAAUUGAUUGCCAUCUAUCUGGAAUAUUACUAGAUGUGAAGGGUUACAUUGUCGCUACACUGGAGAGAUUUUUUUCCAACUUAAACAUAUCAAGGACUCGCAAGGAACGCCUGCUACAGCGGAUGGUCACAAAAACGCCAAACAGUCGUUGCCACCUUAGGGUGGUUGUCUUGACAACUAUCAUGACGUUGGUUGCCAAGGCAGCGGUGAUAGUGUAUCCCCCUGUAGUAGAUAACUGGCCUUGUGUACCAUGUUCUUUAUCAAAUUGUGUCAAUCAAACUAAUUGUCCUGGCGGUUUAACUAUGGAUCACUGCGACUGCUGUACUGUGUGCCUCAAAGUGCAAGAUGAGCCAUGUGGUGGAAUGUCGUACAGACUUGGACGCUGUGCCCAUUUUCUAUACUGUAAUAUAACGGGACCUUAUAGAUUGAACCCGAUUGGACAUUGUGUGCCCAUAUAUAGAGCUGUUAUCAAAACUAUACAAAAACAGGUCAUACCAGAUACUCCAUCACCUACAACAGUAAGGACCAUACCAAUUACUGUCCCUACAACGAUAAGCACUUUGUCAAAAACAGACUCUAGACCUGUUAAUACUAUUCAACCUGCCAUGGCUGCAAAUAUAUCGACAAAACAGGAGGACGAUAGCAAUAUAGAGAUCUCGUCUAAAAAGGACGAGAUUCCAAGUCCUAUCGGCAGCACAGGAAGCCCGCUAUCUAAUGAUACAGGGGGAUUUAUGGAGGGUACAAGAAAGAACUCGGGAAUAGAUAAAGACUCCGAAGUGUCAGACAAUUCAAAGAUUGAUACAAUGCCCGCAUUGCUGUUUCUGGCGACCAGCGGUGUUCUUAUGGCAUUGCUUGUAGUGCUAGUGACAUGCUUUGGUAGACCGCGAUAAGAAAAGCACUGAAAAGCUAAUAGUGAUUAGUUCGGCAUUGAACACCUCUGUAAUACGACCAUAGGUCAAAAUCUGUACAUAGAUAAGAACAACAGCAUACCAGACAGUUGUUAUAUUUGAGGAAUUACGACCAGAUGUUGGUCAGGCGUAUGAUAUAACCCCUUAGUAAACAAUCGAUGGUCGUAUAUCUGAAUAUCAAAGAUACUAAUAGACCAAUUGUCGGAGUUUCGGGGUUUUAUGUAUAUCUGUAUAUAUAGGUAGUCUCGAAUAAGGCGACCAUUCAAGUUAUCACUUGGUGGUCGAUAUAAUGUGUAUAUAUUGCGCACACACACACAUCUUAGAAAUGAUUUUAAUAUAAAAUGUUUGUACAAAUAAAGACUAAAU